AAUUAAGAGGCUGACUUUCCUUAUUCGGAAAGAACGACGACGCUUGUAAGAAAGGAGUUAACGACUGUCAAAUGAUAAGAUGACGCUAUUAUGCUUGAUCUUUUUUUCUAUCAUUGGCAUCGGUAACGUUUCGUAUGGUACUCUGGAACCGGAAGCGAUACCACCAAUUGGAAGAAUCCGCGGUUCUAUUUUCCGUUCAAGGCUCGGAAAAAAGAUUUAUUCCUUCCGUGGAGUGAGGUAUGCCGAGCCCCCCACAGGAGAACGUCGUUUUCAGGUUGCCGUUCCAGCAGCAGAUUGGAAGCACGUUUUCGACGCUUCCAAAGAAGGUCCAGGAUGUCCAAAUUUGGACACUAGUCAACCGUCGUCCGAAGACUGUCUGCGUUUAAAUGUAUACACGAAGAAACUACCUUCGUGUCAUCAGAAUGUGUCAAGGCCAGUAUUGGUGUUCUUUCACCCAGGUGGUUUUUACAGUUUCUCUGGUCAAAGCUCGUACUGGGGUCCUCAGUAUCUGUUGGACAAAGACGUCGUUUUAGUUACUGUGAAUUAUCGGCUUGGUUCAUUAGGUUUCUUAAGCACAGGCGAUUCAUUGGCUCCAGGAAACUUAGGUUUGAAGGACCAGGUAGUAGCACUUCGAUGGGUUCAAAGGAACAUCGCUGCUUUCGGUGGAGAUCCAAACUGCGUAACCAUCAGCGGAUGUAGCGUUGGAGGACUCAGCACAAUGCUUCACAUACUUUCUCCAAUGUCCAAAAAUCUAUUCCAUAGAGCGAUCGUGAUGAGUGGCUCACUUCUAACUGCAGAACCUUAUCCAACUCAACAAAUCGAUCUUGCAAAGAAACAGGCGAGACUUUUAGGUUGCCCUACUGAUAGCAGUCAGGCGAUAUUGAGUUGCCUCAGAUCGAAACCCGUCGUGAAUUUCACCAACACUUUGUCCAAUUUUACGGAGUGGAAAGGUGAUCCAAUUAUAAUAUGGAAACCGGUCGUGGAAUCGAAAUUCCCAGGCGUAGAACAAUUCUUAACAGCGCAACCCGUUGAUUUGAUCAAACAGGGAAAAUUUCAGCAGGUACCAGCAAUAUUUGGGAUAACGAAAGAUGAAUUUGGUGGAGUAGUUGUCGUGUUUGAGAAUGCUACUAGGACAGGAGACAACUAUUACCGCAACAUGAGCGAGAAUUGGUAUCACGUUGCACCGAUUAGUUUUAUUUACGAACGAGACACGUCACGGUCAAAAUAUAUCAGCACGGAAUUGCGUCAAUUUUAUUUUAAUGGCCAGGAAAUUACUCCGGCUAAAAAUGACGGUCUUGCUCAUAUCUAUGCAGACAGUGUCAUUAUAUUUCCCAUGUAUCGUGGAGCUAAGUUGAUAGCUGAGAAUUCUAGAAAUUCGGUGUACUUCUACAAGUUUGCGUAUCAAGGGCGUUAUAGCUUUACUAUGUGGAACAGCACGACACCAUACGGCGUGGUACAUCAAGAUGAUUUGCAAUAUUUAUUCUUCAUCGGGUCUCUGUUCCCAUAUUUUGAUAAAAACGCACCUGAAAUUCCUAUGGUGGAAUUAUAUACAUCUAUGUGGUCGAACUUCAUGCAGACUGGCGAACCUGUUCCUAAGCGUGGACCAUACAAACACAUAAAAUGGGACAGGUUUGUGCCUCAGCAAAAUAACUACUUGGACAUCACCUUGAACCCAACCAUGAAGACUGGUAUCUACCCUGAUAGAAUGCAAGAAUGGGAGAAACUCUUCCCUUUGUCCUCUGUAUCACAAACUACAAGCUCUGAUAUAAAUUCUCUUGCAUUGCCCUUGAGUUCUUCAGUGCUCGCAUCAGACAGCAUUGAAGCGAGCAUAUUAGCGUUUACUCUCUUUACAAAGAAGACGGUUUUGAGAAGACCAAGAUUAAGCUUCGAAAUGAAAACAUUUCUAUUAUUCCUUUUUUGUGCCAUCGGCAUCGUUGCUGCAAAUAGUUCCUCCAGUGAGGAAAACGACCAACCACUGGUGGUUGCUCCAAUUGGUAAAAUUCGUGGUUCGACUUGGUCUUCCAGACUCGGAAAAACAAUUUACGGGUUUCGUGGUAUAAGAUACGGUGAACCACCCACUGGACAUCAACGAUUUCAGCCUCCAAUCCCUGCGAAAGAUUGGAAAAAUGUUGCCGAUGCUUCUGAAGAAGGGCCCAGUUGUCCUUACCCUGAAGGCAAACAUAUAUCGGAAGAUUGUCUACGUUUAAACGUAUACACUACCAAACUGCCUUGCGAACGCGAAAAUGUAUCGAGACCAGUUAUGGUGUUUAUACAUCCGGGUGGCUUUUACGGCUUUUCAGGGCAGAGCGGAAAUUUCGGGCCAGAGUAUCUGAUGGAUCAGGAUAUCGUUUUGGUUACUAUUAACUAUCGUAUUGGAAGUUUAGGUUUUUUGAAUACGGGUGAAAAUUUGGCACCAGGAAAUAUGGGUUUGAAAGAUCAGGUGGUAGCCCUUCAUUGGGUUCAGAGGAACAUCGCUGCUUUUGGUGGCAACCCAAAUGCCGUCACUCUGUGCGGCUACAGUGCCGGAAGUUUUAGUAUAAUGUUGCAUAUGGUGUCUCCGAUGUCCAAAAAUUUGUUCCACAGAGCUAUCACGAUGAGUUCUUCGCCUUUCAUUUCAGAAGUUUACAGUGCUGUUUCGCUAGAGGGACAAAAGCAGCUUGCCAAAAAGCAAGCUGAACUAUUAGAUUGUCCCACUGAUACGACUGCUUCUAUGAUGCUCUGUUUGAGCACGAAACCAGUAGAAAACUUCACAAACACAUUGGGCUCCUUAUUUGACUGGAAAGGAAACCCGAUUCUACUUUGGAAACCCACUGUGGAACCGGAAGCUCGCGGUGCCGAGAGAUUCUUGAGCGAACAUCCCUUCGACUUAAUCAGACAAAGGAAGUUUCAGCAAGUUCCUUUAAUCCUUGGAUGUACUGAAGAAGAAUUUGGUGGAGUAGUUUCGUUUUACGAAAAGGAUGCAAAACUUGGCAAUGAUUCCCUAUAUCGUGAAUUAAAUGAUAAUUGGCAAAGACUCGCUCCGAUUAUAUUCAUGUACGAGCGUGACACGCCUCGAUCGAAUUAUAUUAGCAAAGAAUUAAGGCAAUUUUAUUUCAAGGAUCAACCAAUUAAUUCAGCUACCAGUGAACAGCUUGAAAACAUAUACGCUGAUGCUAUAAUCAUCUUUCCCAUGUACCGAGCAGCCAAAUUAUUCGCCACAUAUUCUAAACAACCGGUGUACUUUUAUAAAUUUACGUAUUCAGGGCGUUACAGCUUUUAUACGUUCAACGACACUACAACAUACGGCGCGGCGCAUCACGACGAUUUGCAGUACCUUUUCUACAUGAAGAAUUUCUUCCCGUAUUUCGAGAGUGACGCACCUGAAAUCCCUAUGGUAGAAAUCUACACAUCCAUGUGGUCAAAUUUCGUGGAAACUGGCGAACCGAUACCUAGGAACAACAACAUGUUGAGAAAUGUAAGAUGGAGCAAAUACGUUCCAUCUCAAACCAAUUUCUUGGAAAUUAAUGUUCAUCCCGUUAUGAAAUCUGAUUUCUUCCCUGAAAGAAUGAGAAUAUGGGAAAGACUGUUCCCCCUCACCGGUGCUUCAAACUCAGUAAAGCAUUGAACUUACGUAUAUUUUCGACGAAGUAUUAUCAAGCGAAUGUAAUAGAA